GUGGUGGUCUCCAGGCGGGUGCCAGUUGACUGGGCGAGGGUGAUGAACGAGCCCUCCGUGUUCUUGGUGCUGGGGGUACCCUUCUCCCCGCAGGUGCUCCAGCGCGCCGGCUUCGUGAGGUCGAAGUCGGUGGUGAUCUAUCAGCGAGAUGUGACGAAGUGCACGGAUGCAGCGCUGGUGGACUCAAAGGCCAUCUUCGCACAGCGGCUGGUGGAAGCGCUGUUGCACGAUGCAGGCAGGAAGAACGUGCCGGUGAUCAUGCACAUUCACUUGGAGGUGAACACAGAGCUCAUGACAGAGACCUCGGAGCCCAAGAGAGCUCAAGGAUUGCUGGAGAUGUUGGAGUCCAAGAGGGGCGAAGAGGAGGAAGAG